AUGACAUCAAGCAGAGAACCUCCACAAACGUCACGACUUUUCCCUGCAAUGCGAAUCGCUAGCGCCCCCGUCUCUAUGCUUAAGAAAUAUCGAAUUGGGGUUCAUGGCUUCGAGAUAAUGGACCUCCGCACAGGAGCCGAACUGCCAAAGAAUGACGGCAAAGGUUCUGCGUACGAGAAGGACGAGAACCAAGCGCCGGGCGGAAGUAAUCAUGAUGCAGAGAAGAACUCACCAGAAACCCCUCCUUUGCCAGUCUGCCUCUUCGACCCAUCAAUCAAGGCUGUGCGCAAGGAACUCGCGAAGGAAUGGUCCCUCACAGUCCUGAUACUCUUCUGCUUCAUUAUUUGUGUCCUUUCUCUCUACUGGGCCGUUCUAUUCCAUGUACCGCGGAACCUGUCGACUUUGACCGUGGCCGUGGUCAGCUUUGAUGGUCGGAUUCCGCCCUUUGAAGGAACAACACCCCUAGUUGGACAAUUUGUUGAACAGCUUGCACGGGAACAAGCAGUGCUCCCUGCUUAUACACUGGGAUACAGGGUCGAAUCUCCGGACAAAUAUAGCGGCAACCCGCUCGCCGUGAGACAAGCCGUCUACGAUGAGCACGCCUGGGCCGCCAUUAAUACAACCUACAGCGACUACAUUGGCCCUCAGCUGUUCGAAUUUCAAAUCAAUGUGGUGUCAACGUUUGGAGAACAAUGGAUCUGGAAUGUCCUGUCGAACACCUCGCUCGACGCGGCCACAUACUCCCGUGCGCCACAAGCAUUGAACCCGGCGAUUGCUUUCUCCUCGUUCGAUCUUCGGCUCUUUGUGCCUGCACAGGCCACACCGGCCGUAACGAUCGGCCUCAUCUACCUGGUCAUCAUUGCGUUCUUCUCCUUCUCCCUUUUCCUACCGGUAUACACCAAGUUCCUGGUCCCAAAGGGCCACCCACCCCUGCAUUUUUGGGAGCUGGUUCUCUUGCGUUCACUCAUGACGACAGCUACUUAUUUCCUAAUAUCUCUGGCUUACUCGCUGGUAUCACUGGCUUUCCUCAUCCCCUUCUCUAAUGAUUACCCACACGAAGGCGCCACGCUUGCAAAGGACCCAGAUGCUUACGGACAUGCGACACUUGUGGUGUAUUGGAUGUUGAACUGGGUGGAAAUCUGGCUCGUCUUCUGGGUCAUAUCCAAUGUCUCCACUGCCUUUUAUGCGAUCCCCUUAGCGCCAGGCUUCUUCCAGUUUGGCUACGCCUGGCCCUUAUACCACAUUGUCAACGCCAGCCGCACGCUCAUAAUUGAUACACACAGUCGGAUCGGCUUAAACUUUGGCGCGCUAUUCGCAUGGUGCGCGGUGGAUACCACGUUGUUUCCUUUUUGCCGUGUUUUUAUGCGCCGGAAGACCAAUAAAGAGUGGAUGCGAAAGGUCCCUCGGAGCAAAAUACAGUACCUCAUUGACGGAUAG